CUUACAUCGUUAUAUAACCUCAGGAACUUGACGACUUUAUUUGCUGUUCAAAUAGUGAAUAUGUGUGAAAGACUUUUUUCAAAUUCUCAUGUAAAUUUAGCACCAUAAAAGGGAAAACUUUACAUGACUUUACCAGAUCCGACUCGAAGCAUUUAACAAACAUUAUACAUAUUAUUUUGUAAUUUUCGCUUUGUAUUUAUUCCUUAACAAGAAAAUGAGUUUGAAUUAUACUGUCUUGUAAACAGGAUAGCAAAUAAAGGUAGACAUAUUUAGACGAAACUUCUACAAAAUAUGAAUACCUUUGAAAUGUGCUUUAUACUAACUUGUUUUGUACCUUCUAACUUUGCGCAAGGAUUGCAGAAGAUAUUUCCAAGUAUCACAGAUACUAUCGACGUUAACACGAACACACCAUUUAACGUUAGAAGCGGCUUCGAAGGGAACGAAUUAUAUUCCAGUAGUGACGAUAAUGAAAGAUUGCUCAUUUCCAAAAAUAAUCGACUAACACUAUUGAAGAAGAGUUUAACAAACAUAGAUGAGAUUCUAAAAUACAUAACAGCGGAAGAUGUUUUCAGAAGCUACAUUGAAAGGAAGUUCUCGCAUUUGGAUCACCUCAGGGGAGUGGUGCUGCCUACAUUCAAUGAAAUGUCGUACACGCCUGACGGAAAUGAUGUCCCAAUAGCGUCUGGAUUGUUCCCUACCCUAUAUAAUCGCCGACUAACUUUGAUGAGAAAACACAAACGUUCUGGUUUAGAAAAUGCUCAACGGAAACGCAAUUUGUCAACUCUGCCCACAAAACGGAAGUCAGCCAUUACGCCACCGUCACGUGACUGGUGUCGAUUGAUUGGAUAUCGUGUCUGCCCACGGGCAGCAAGACUCUGAACCACUAACCAAAGAAAAUCUUUAUCACAGGAAAUGAUUAUAUCAAAUAUCUCAGCGAAACACUUUAACAUGCGGUUAUCAAAUACCAUACCAUUUGUUAUUCAGAGCUGAUAUGAAACUUCUCUGGACAAAAUUGCACCAACGUCAUAUUCUUGUAAUAUAUUAGAUAAAUGAUGAAGCUGCUUAAAUUCCUGACUUAUCCAAAAAUAGAACAAAAUCGGCGUAUUCAUUAUUUCAAUAAGCCUAUUAAUGUAUAUCUUUAAGGAGAAUAAAAUUUCUCGAAGGUGUUCUUCUGCAAUAUUUUUAAGUGAUCAAAAUUAUUUCAAACUAGUUUCAAUUUUGACGAACAUUUUGUUCAUAGUAUUUCAUUUAUAAGUCAUUUAUAACUAGUUAAAAGACAUUAAACAACACAGAAAUAUUCUCUUCAUGAAUAUGCGAUGUUAUCAUAGCGACAUCGCGUGGAAAAAAUAUUGUUUCUUCUUUUAUACAGUGUGUGAGCUGUAACAUAUGGAAGCCCCGGAGGAACAAUUGAUUUCCGUACUUCCCACUUCUGACUUCUAACUUUUGCACUUCUCACUUCCAACUUCUUGACUUCCUACUUCUAACUUCCGCACUUCUGACUUCUAACUUCCACACUUCUGACUUCCAACUUCCUGACUUUCGACUUCUGAUUUCCAACUUCCACACUUCUUACUUCCGACUUUUUGACUUCUUACUUCCCUCUUUUAACUUCCGCAUUUUUGACUUCUAACUUCCGCACUUCUGACUUCUUACUUCCUUCUUCUAACUUCCGCACUUCUGACUUCUAACUUCCGCACUUCUAACUUCCAACUCCCUGACUUUCGACUUGUGAUUUCCAACUUCCACACUUCUUACUUCCGACUUUUUGACUUCUUACUUCCUUCUUCUAACUUCCGCACUUCUGACUUCUAACUUCCGCACUUCUAACUUCCAACUUCCUGACUUUCGACUUCUGAUUUCCAACUUCCACACUUCUUACUUCCGACUUUUUGACUUCUUACUUCCUUCUUCUAACUUCCGCACUUUUGACUUUUAACUUCCGCACUUCUGACUCCCAACUUCCUGACUUCUUACUUCCGAAGUCAGAAGUGCGGAAGUUAGAAGUCAGAAGUGUGGAAGUUAGAAGUAGGAAGUAGGAAGUCAAGAAGUUGGAAGUGAGAAGUGCAAAAGUUAGAAGUCAGAAGUGGGAAGUACGGAAAUCAAUUGUCCCUCCAGGGCUUCCUUAGUAACAGGUAUUUUACAUAUAAUUCUUAUAUUCAGAUGAGUAGUAGUAAUAGUAUGAGAUCAAGACGCUUGUAUUAAUAGUUUGUUCAGUAUUUCUGGUUGUCAAAAUUGAGAACAUUUUGCUUUAAACGCGGGAAAAAAUCAACUAUAAGUUUGUUGCGUUUUAAGGUAGUUCUGCACGUUUGAUAAACAGGAAGUGAUGGCGUAACGUCAUUUGCCGGAAAACGUAGAAUAAAGCCUGGAUUCGGCGUAAGGAAAUAAAAGUAAUUGCAACCCGUGAGUAAAUUUAUUAUACCCCCACAAACAAAGUUUCGGGGUUUGUGUGUGUGGCAGGGGGGUGUAUAGUGGUCGGUCCGUUGGUUUUCAUGGCUUCCGGACAAUAACUCGUGAAAGGUUUGACAGAUUUAAAUAAUUUUUAGAACACAGGUGUAACAUCAUAAAAUACAGGUCAAGUUCGACUUUGAGGUCAGUAGGUUAAAGGUCAAUGUCACAAUGACUGGAACAGUUAAACGGUUUUCGGAUGAUAACUUGAGAAUUCUUGGGCCUAGGAUGAUUAAAGUUGAUAGGGAGGUUGGUCAUGACCAGCAGUUGACCCUGUUGAUUUUGAGGUCAGUAGGACAACGGUCAAGGUCACAGUGACCCAGAUCAGUUAAACCGUUUCCGGAUGAUAACUUUAGAACGCUUGGGCCUAGGAUCACGAAACUUAAUAGGGAGGUUGAUCAUAACCAGCAGAUGACCCCUAUUGAUUAUGAGCUCAGUAUGUCAAAGGUCAAGGUCACAUUGACCUAGAACAGUAGAACGUUUUUUGCCAAAUAACUAGAGAAAAUUUUUGUCUAAGAUCACAUUUGAUACGGAGGUCACUUAUGACUACACAGGUGUAACAUCAUAAAGUACAGGUCAAGUUCGACUUCGGCUACAAACCACCUAUUUUUUUACGUAGUUAUGGCCCCUUUCCAACUUAAAAUUUGCCAAACUCAUGGUUUCCAGACUCAUGAAAGGGUUAACAGAUUUAAAUCAUUUUACACAGGUGUAACAUCAUCAUAUAUAGGACAAGUUCGACUUUGACAUUGGCUUACUUCUGGGGGUAUAAUUCGUCACUCCUGUGACAGCUCUAGUUACAGUUACAAUAGCACUGUAAGUAUCUUCCUAAAGUUGAAAUAUGAUAUUAAAACACUGACACGUUAAAUUAUUCAAAAUAAUGUCUUGAUAUUAGCUUUAGAUGUGCGGUUCACUUUAAUCAAAGUCAAAUAUCUCAGACCUAUACAUUUUACAUUUUAUUUCACCACAUUAUAGACCAUAUGUUUUACGACUGUGAGACGUUUCAUUAAAAUCUACAUUGUAGAAAAUUUUCUAUUCCCGAAAAUGUUAUGAAAGUUGUGAUUUUCCAAUAGACUCCCAUUAUGAAAAAUUGCGCGAGGUCCAAAUACAAUAGGCUGAAAUGCACCAUGAAACUGAACAAUAUUGAAUUAUUUAUAACUUUAAUAAGAAACGUUAGAUUCUCAUUUUAUGUACAGUGAGAAGGGUUUAAUAUCCUUAGUUAAUAAAAGAGAAAACACAUUAAACGGAGAUUAUUCGGAACGUAAUGAAAGCAGUAAGAUAAAAUGUGUAUUAAAAUGUAGGAGAAAAGGAAAGAUGUAAGUAUUUAUAAACAUAACAUUUUAAGUAUGUGUACUCUAAUCACAUCGUAUACCGCAAUAUAAAACAAGUUGAUUUGCUAGUUUUAUGCUGGUCCUUUUAUAACGAAUGUUAAUCUUUAAGGUGUAUGGUUUAAUGCAUUCCUGAAAUAUGAUUAUAUCCGGUACUUGUUUUACAAAAACUGAAUAAUAACAACGAAAAAGAAAUUA